AUAAUGUUACCACUCUUGCUGGCAGCCAUAUCCGUCUGCCGAUACGCGAGGCGUGGUAGCACCAUGAGACAGCCGUUGCUUUGCAGCAUGCUGUUCAUACUGUUCUUUUUGUGUCCUAGAGUGAUUAGUAGUGGUGCUGCUGAGUACGGUGUGGGGUUUACUCUUGCCCUCGAUUAUGGUACAGCGAGUAUAUGGUAUGCCAAUGGCACAGCAGUUGAUGUCGUGAAGCUCGAGGGAGGAUCAGCAUACAAGCAGGUUAUGCGUUCAGCGAGUGUGGAACCAUACUCGCCAAUCUCUUCGCCUAAGCUGACUCGAGGCUCACCAGGCCUCAUGCCUUUCCAAAACUACUUACCAUCAUGGACUACUGCAGAACCUGUCGACAACGGUGCCGAAGCCGUCAAAUGGAUGCUCAAUGGCCUGAAGGCAGCCACGGAAGCUUGCCUGGAAGAGCCCCUGACUGCUGUCCGCAUCAGCACUCCUUUCUCACUUCAGUACAAGAGUCCAUUCUACAACACUUUGCAAGCAACAGUCGAGUCUCUAGGCCUAAGAAGUUUCGGGGUCGUGACAGCAUCGACCAACAUAGCAAGAAUCUAUGGUCUCGAAGGUCAAUGCGACAACGAUCCCUACAAAACACCCGAUGAGAUGGAGAAGCCAGAUGAUCCGCCGCGCGAGUACCUUGCGCUCGACUACAGCCGGGCUGGCAUUUCAGCAUUUGUGGUAGAAGAAGAUUGCGGAGUUGAGAUCACACAUCGAGAGUUGCACAACACUACCCUAGGGGCAGUCGUUGAGUUUCCUGGCAAGCGCGAGGACCUCACUCAUGCGCUGAAAGAUCUUGUCUUUCGACCUUUCGAUACAGCGUACAGCACGUGGCAAGCAGUUAUCUCUGAGCUAGUCUUGCUCGGCGAAUCCUCACAGAACGUAAUAUUGCAAGAAGUCCUAUCAGAAGUCUUCGGGAGCAACUACACCAAUCUCAAGGCCAGAAGUGAUAGACGAGCAACUACGCACCAUCCGCUAUUCGCUGGCUCUAGAGCCGCUGCAGCAAGUUGUCAACAGCGGCUAGAAGUUGAGCUGACACACGAAUGGGAUGAACACUUCCAGGACUGGCUUCCGAAAAAUACUCAAAAAGAUCAAAUAUGGUGGUGGCAGACUCUUAAGCGUAGCUCUUAA